AUGCUUGACGCUGCACUGGAGGAAUGGGUUCCGUACAUUAAUUUCUCCACAGUGCGGAUUCUUGAUCUGGGAUCGUCCAUCACGGCAGAAGCAUUCGCAGCAUGGGCAGAUCAUCUUCAUUUCCCAGCCCUUCGAACCCUGCGCUUGUUCCUCGGUCCUACAGAGGCCGGAUCAGAACAAGCACCCGGCUUUUACCCGCAAGCAACAAAAUUUCUUCAGAGUCUACCGUCGCUAUCGGAGAUCCAUCUGAUUGCAUGGCACUCACAGCUGUCGAUAGGGAUGUUGGCAAAACAUCACGGAUCGCGUUUGCGCAAGCUGUCUGUCACCAACAGUCGACCCUGGCAAUGUUUCAGCGAGCACGAUGUCCUCCAGCUCGGCAUAUAUUGUCCUCUACUGGAGAAGAUGAGCAUCUCCAUCCGUCGCACCCAAGGAGACGCUCGGGAAGUAGCUCUCUACAAGGCCUUGGGCACAAUCAGAAACCUGAAGUUCCUCGACCUGGAAUUAAACGUAUCUGAUCCGACCUUGUACCAGGAGAAUACUUCCAUCGACCCGGACUGGGACGACUUUGACAAUCAAUACACCGAGGAAGACCUCGAAGGCAUCAACCGAAGCCGCAAUGGACACAUACGGAGACUCCUGGUCAAUACCCUCAUUGACGAACCACUUGCGUCCUCGAUCUUCGAGGUCAUUUCGGCCGCAAAGUCCCACGAUGCACCACUCCUUGAACGGCUGACCUUGUCAAUCAAAGGGCAAGCUGACCGGCACUACCGUCCGCGAUGCGUGUUCUCCCGCCUUGUGAGGUUCUUUGCCUCGGAGUGGACCAUCGAGCGCGAUCUCCGCUACGAGCACCGGGACAAGUUCGAGGCGCGAAGCUCUCGGAAUUCCAGUUUCCAGUUUUCCUACAACGAGAAUAUUGGGACGUUUGGAAAAGCGUUCGACUGGCUAUAGACGAGACGCAAUAAGUCAAGGGGAGAGGCAAAUGUAGGGAUUCCCGCCAGAGUAUAUCUAUGCAAUAGUGGUUCGACAAUUAAAGACAAUCAAUCCACGACCCUACGAGAUGUCAAUACUGCU